AUCCAUAGACCACACACAGUCCACAGAUCGAGCGAGAAAGGGGAAAGGGCCGGUUCUGCGUUCCUCCCGAACCGAAUCCCUCACCUCUCCCGGCUCGACAUCUGAGGUCGUCCCUCCCCGGUUCCCCUCAGGGCUCAGGCUACCUCUACCGGGCGGCGGGCGAGCAGCACGCGCGGCCGAGAGUAGCAGGAGAGAGGCUGCUUCCACUGAGCCGCCGGAGCAGCCCCAUGGCAACUUCAAGCCCCAUGGUAACUUCAAGCCCCAUUGAAGAUCAAUAUAAUGUGACCGCAAUGGGUUGGGCGUCCUCCCCCUCUCCUGCCGAACUGGCGGAGGCCAUUGGCGGAAUCCAUAAGUUUGCUACCGCACGAGCUCCUGAGGUGGUGUUGGAAAGGUGUGAGCAACUCCUAAAUAACAGCAAUCCCACUUUGCAAGAGUGUGGAUUCAAUCUGCUCUUGUUCUUAGUGAGGAAGAGGUGGUCAGAUUUAUCUGAUGAGCAAAAGCAGUCUGUUUUUUCAGCCGUACCUAAGCUUAUAGCUUUUGCUGGUAUGGCGAGUGCAUGGUCUAUUAAGAAUACAAUGGCUAUUAUAGUAUCACAACUAAUUGGACAAGAUGUUGCCGGGAAUUGGGCAAAGCUAGUUGACGCGCUAUCAUGUGAUGAGAUUAUGGCCGAGAGGACAAUCAUAACAUGCAUUUCGGAAGGCAUUACCAUUCCCAAUGACGAGUCCAAAGAUAAGAGGUUAAAAGACUUGAAGAUUGAAAACUGGGACAGUCUUUCAGAAGCUAUGUUUUCUCUGAUCCUGAAACAUCUUGGAAAAUAUAAUCCAUCCCAAGUGGCAGAAUUCCAGCCGCAUUAUGAUUUGGUACUGUUUGCUGCAAAUACGGUAUCAGCAUAUGCUCAGUGGGGUGAAGUGAAGAACCUUGUGAAAGGUGUUGGUGGGAUGGAUUUGAUCAUAAGCUGCAAGAUACUGCUAGGUUUGGAAGGCCUUUUCCCUGCUGGCAUUGGUUACAUGUCUGCAAUCUGUUCAAGAGUAAAAUCAACUGAUUGUGAUCAUGAUGUAUUGAAGAUAAUUUUCUACACAGUCUUUGAAGUAUUGAAACAUCUUAAUCAGCAACCUGAGGUGUUGCAGUUUAGGCGAACUGUCUGCUCGUCCCUUGUUUCCGUCAAGGAAGUAAUGGGGCCAGACUUUGAGGAUCUUAAGGAGGGUGUUGCCAGUUUGUUGGAAGAGUUCAAAGCAGGUAGUCACAUAACAAUUGGGGAAUAUAAGGAGCUUACUGACAAGCUAUUGGAUCGCAUGGUUUGGUAGUUCUGAAAAUUGACAGAUCUUAAAUGUUGUGUUUAUCAUCAGUGUCCCAUACUUCUUUAUGGUACUGACCUUAGCGGAUUCUGUAUUAGGUAAAAUAUUCCGUGCGUUCUACCGAUGAUGCAGUUUGGUGUGUGGGUGAGUGUGUCCGGUAUCUGUUGACAUCACUUGGGAUUGUUGGGUUGUGCAAACUGCGAGUAACCAUUAAUACUGUUCUAUUUCUCUAGUGCA